AUGCCGCCAAAAAUUAAAGGCCGAGGAGGAAGAGGAAAAGCUUUAAUUUUGACAAGAAACGACCAUGAAGCCGGACCAUCACACCGGCGUACACCAUCAGCAACACUCAGCUCUAGUCCUCAUGAAGACUGGAGAACUUACUUGGAGCCCGCGAGACGCUCAGUCUCACUUAGUUCCUCACCGUCCUACCACCAUUCGUUCGGGCCACAUCAAGAUGAGGAGCCCCAUGAUUCACAUCACUCUUUUAUCCCGUUGCAGCGUUCGGGUUCUCAUAGUUCUUUCCAGAACCCAACUCCCCAUUUCCAAAGCCGGUUCAACCCGAUGAACCAGAUGCAAGAACCAGAGGGUCCAAACCCUUUGGAGCCAGCUGACCACUAUCCUGAGAUGCACGACAUGGAGAUGGACGAUGAUUCAGAUCCUGAGAUGCCACCAACUAGGACGCCGACACAUCCCAUUAAGAUUUCGAGCGGAUCAUCCUUUCCUAGUUCGCCUUACAGGGGCCCUGAUAUUUUUCUUGAAAGAUGGGCCACAUACAAGUGGGAGUAUACUCCCCCUCACCACAACUCGCCACCACACCAGCAGGUCCUUUCUGAGGACCCGCAUUUUCAGGCGGUCACGCCACCGCCAUCGCCGCCGGUAGAGCAGCAACUGCCUCCAGAACCAUCGAGGUGA